AUGUCAGAAGCCAAUGCAGUCUUAGAUACAGAAAACACCAAGACAGUUGACAAUUCUUUGACAAGAAAACUCAAAGAUAUCGCAGCUGGUUUUGUGGGUGGUGCAACACAAGUGUUAAUUGGUCAACCAGCUGAUCUUGUUAAAAUAAGAUUGCAGACAACAUCAGCUACAUCUUCUUUUCAGGUCAUUAAAAAUGUCAUCAAGAAUGAAGGAAUUUUGGCUUUUUACAAAGGGACUUUACCUCCAUUAUUUGGGGUUGGUGUCUGUGUGUCCCUUCAAUUUUAUGGAUUCCACGAGACAAAGAGACAAAUUUUACAAUACACGGGCCAGCCAAGCUUGAAUUUAUGGCCACAAACCUAUAUUGCUGGGGCAAUGGCUGGUGUGGUGAAUACCCCUGUCACAUCUCCGGUGGAACAAUUGCGUAUAUUGAGUCAAUCAUCAGGGAAACCGGUCUCCUUGCGUGAAACUGUUAGCAAAAUAUAUAGAGAACAGGGUGUUGUCAAUGGUAUUUAUAGAGGGUUUGGGAUAACAUUAAUUCGUGAAAUACAAGCGUAUGGUGUUUGGUUUUUGACAUAUGAAGCUUUGAUUCAAAAAAUAAUCGACUUGCAACAUUAUAAAUGUCGUGAUCAAAUAAGCACACCAGAAUUGUUGGCUAGUGGGGCUAUUGCAGGAAACGCAUUGUGGCUUCUGUCGUACCCACUAGAUGUUAUAAAGUCUAAUAUACAGAGCGAUGGGUUUGGGAAAGAAAGCAAAUUUGGUGGCAGCGCUUUAAAGGCUAUGAAAUAUAUUUAUUCAAAUCAUGGAUUAAGAGGUUUCUGGAGAGGUAUUGUACCAUGUCUUUUAAGAGCUGUACCUUGUAGUGCGGGUACAUUUGCUAGUGUUGAAUUGGCGUUACGAUUGAUGGGAUAG